AUGCAGCAGCAGCAGCAGCAGCAGCAGCAGCUGCAGCAGCAGCAGCAGCUGCAGCAGCAGCUGCUGCAGCAGCAAAUUACAGCAGCAGCUGCUGCAAGUGCAGGCGCUGAUGCUGGAGGGACAGCAGAUACACAAAUCAGAAACAGAAGAACACUCUCGCUGCUUUCUCCUGCUGCUGCUGCUGCUGCUGCUGCUGCUGCUGGUGGUUCUGCUGCUGCAGCAGCAGCAGGAGUGGGAUCUUCUUUAUGGGGUUCUUACUACUACCGGCUGCAGCAGCAGCAGCAGCAGCAGAACUUGCUGCAGAUACAACAGCAGCAGCAGCAGCAGUUGCUGCAGCAGCAGCAGCGCCGUCUGCUGCACUCCGAAUCUCCCGUUUCCUCUCCCCCAACCGCAGCAGCAGCAGCAGCAGCAGCAGGAGCAGCAGCAGGAGGUGAGCGUGUGCAGCAGCGAAGAGAAACAGCACCAGCACCAGCACCAGCACCAGCAGCAGCAGCAGCAGCAGCAGCAACAGCAACAAAUAUAUCUUCUCCUCUUUUUGUUUAUAAUGAACAUAAAGCAGCAGUAAAAGCACAGGAACUGCACCAGCAGCACCACCAGCAGCAGCAGCAGCAGCAGCAGCAGCAGCAGCAGCGCCAACUGCAGCAGCAGCAGCAACAGCAGCAACUAUUUCUUCUCCGCUUGAAUGUCUUUAUCAACAACCCCACGACCCCCAUACACCCCACGCCCUACCAGUUGCACGCACAGUAA